UCAUAGUAUUAUUUACUGAGAGAAGCAUUUCGACUUUUGUAAAAACGUUUUAUUCUUGUUUUAGUUCCUUAAGGAUUUUAUUAGCAAAAUGCCAUCGUUUCUUCUGAAAACAGUACAAGCCUACACUACAUUUGUCGUUUAUGCCUUUGAGAAAAUCCAAACCUUUGGUAUAAUCUUUAUUCUUACACCAGGUUAUUACAUCAUACUGCUGACUCUCGUACGGCGUAUGCUGGUCCACACCUAUGACCCAGGAUUAAUCCAACAAAUGUUUGACUUGUUUAUAUCCUGGUUUGGUUUCACCAACAUUGCUGGCAAUUUGAUGAUGAGUGUGCUUACUGAUAGCACGGUGAAGAAAGCUGUCUUUUCCAAUGACACAGCAGAAUAUUGCGCAAUCUGUGACAUAUAUCGCCCGGAGAAGAGCUGGCACUGCAGAACUUGCAAUACUUGCAUCCUCAAGAGAGACCAUCAUUGCGUUAUUUUCUCCCGUUGCAUUGGUCUCCUCAACCAACGGUAUUACCUCCUCUACCUCUUCUAUUUGCCAGUUGGCAUUGCUUACUUCACGUAUUAUUGGUACUACUAUUUAGUCGCGAAACAAAUGGCCAACGAUGGCCAAUAUUUGAAUGAAUAUCACAUCGCAAUUCCUUUGUUGAAAUUUAUUACAAGAUCUUAUCACACCAUCAGUGUUUUGGACUUGGAGAAAUUUAUAUUGUUGAUUAAUAUAGGCUUAUUUAUUUGGACCUUGAGUUUGUUUAUUUUUCAUCUAAAGAACGUGCUUCAAGGUCAGACAUCCUACGAAGCUCGUAUACGUCCUAUAAACUGGAAGUUGAAGAGUUUGUUAGACUGGGCAAAUUGGAAAAUGAGAAUGGAACAUGUUUUUGGCAUAAGAUGGUAUUUUGCAAUUAUUUGGCCUUUCAUCAGCAGCCCUUUGCCAAGUACUGCGGCAGGGUUUCAGAAAAUGUAUUGAAAAUACUUUGGUACGUAGCC